GUUGAUGGAUUAUUAAUUAUAACCUUUGCCUUGAUAAAGUUUAUUUAAAUAUUUUAAAGUAAUGUAUAAAGUGUGGAUAGAUUUGAAACUGGUUUAAUAUUAUUAUGAGACAAACAGUACUGUUAUACAAGUUCCUAAUUUUUUAAUCACCUUGAUGUAUUUUGGAUAUUAAGUUGCUCAUUUAAAGAGCAGAGUUUUGGAAAGAUAUUAGUUUUGGAUGGUCAAGAAUCUCUUUUUCUGAUUUUUUUUUACUCUAACGUACGAUAUUUACUAUUUAUUGAAUCAAUCUAUUUCACUUUUCAGAUAAACCUUAGAUAUGUUGCCGAUGCAACUGCACAGUGUGCCUAUUUGAAGGAAUGAUUGCUGGCAGUUCGGACAAACGAAAGAGAAUUCAUCUGAGGUCUUGAAAAUAAAAUGGACUCUGAAAGUCUGAUCCAUGAUAACAGUAAUGAUUCCGAGAUGAAACUUCCUGACACCAAGGAUCCCGAGGAGUCUACGAAGGUGCGGUCGAGCUCACUGGAAGAUCCAGACAUCUCGAUGAAUGUAAAUAGUUCUAGUGUUACAUCCGAGGGCAGUGUCGCUUCGAAAGACGCUAGUCAUGUAGUCGGACUUGAUAACGAUCUCGCUCGUGAUGCUGCGCAACAUGAACAGACGAGCGAGCCUAUGGAGCUCUCUGCGGAGGACGAGAUUAAGACAACAGCUGAUAAAUGUGACAAAACUAACGACGUGCUGAAGGAAAUCCUGUACGCCACCAGUUGUAAUUCGGUCGACUUGUCGGAGGCGACUACCUCGCAGGACAACAGUCCGUCUUCUUCUUACGCCAACGAAGCAAACGCGUUGCACGCUGAUCAGAAUAAGGUCAAGAGAAGUAUCUCGAAAGGUCAGAUCGGCAGUGGCGCGUCGAUAGAAAAGUCGGACGAUAGCUCGGACGAGGAUUUGAGUAAGCGGCAGAAAUUGAAUAAAAGUGCGCGCAACGCCAGUGCUGGGAGCGCAAGUGACGAUACGGUAACGUUUCAAAGAAACAAAUCAAAAGCGAAGCAGCGAAAUUAUCGUAAGAGGCGAAACAUAAUGAGCGAUAAUGAGGACAGCUGCUCUGGGAACGUCCUGUCUAAUGAGGCAACAAGGGAGGCUCCCAUCGCUGACGCGGAUGAAGGAAACGUUGCAUCUGCCAGCACUAGAAACGAGUCAGCUCAGAACGAAUCGUCAAAUAGAGGUUCAGAGGCUCGCAGAGCGGGAUCGGAAACCCCUAAUGACGACUCUGAUCGAUACAAAGACGAGAGAGGUGACUCGAACGAAUGGAGAGCCGCUAACGAGGAUGAAUGGGACGAAGAGGAGGAAUACGAGGAUGAGGAAGAGGAGGUACCUCAUUGCCUAAAAAUAGAGAAACCGCCUCCUAAUUGGUGCAUUGUACCCGAAGUGAUAAAUCGUCAAAUAGGCAGUAAUCCGUUAUUUCAAAGAAGAUUCUACGGUUCUCUGCAUGCAGUGGAGCGGCUCGACAUUAUGUACAAGCUUAACGAGCAUCAGGGUUGCGUAAAUGCCUUAAAUUUCAAUCAAAAAGGAAAUUUAUUAGCGAGUGCCUCUGAUGAUUUAGCAGUUGUUAUUUGGGACUGGGCCGUAGGGAAAAAGCGCCACUGGUUUAUGAGUGGUCAUACAAGCAAUAUGUUUCAAGCCAAAUGGUUGCCAUUAGACAUGGAAUAUCUUAUGGUCACAUGUGCGAGGGAUGGUCAGGUACGUCUGUUGGAUCUUAAACACGACACGUCGAAGAAAUUGGCGGCACAUCGUGGACCGUCGCAUAAAUUGGCUGUGCAUCCCGAGACACCUCACGUGGUCUUUUCCGCUGGAGAGGAUGCGAGGGUGUUCUCCAUAGAUAUCCGAGAGAGCAAACCAAACAAGUUACUUGUAGUAAAGGAAGGUUCGUCAGAGGUGCAGCUAUUCAGUAUACAUUCUAAUCCUUUUAAUAGCAAUGAAUUUUGCGUCGGCGGCCGUUCCCAUUAUGUGAGAGUGUACGAUCGGCGAAAAGUCUCGACGCCGCUUUACAAGUUGUGCCCCGAUCAUCUGACCGGGAAUAAGCACGCGCAUGUAACCUGUGCUGUAUAUAAUCACAACGGAACAGAGAUUCUCGCCUCGUAUAAUGACGAGGACAUAUACCUAUUUGACAGAUUAAUGUCGUCACACGUAGAUUACGCCCAUAGAUAUCAGGGCCACAGGAAUAGUGCGACCGUGAAGGGAGUCAAUUUCUUCGGACCUAAAAGCGAGUAUGUUGUAUCUGGAUCCGAUUGCGGCAAUAUAUUCAUUUGGGACAAAAAUACGGAAGCUGUUGUACAGUGGAUGCAAGGGGACAGGCAGGGAGUUGUAAAUUGCUUGGAGGGACACCCGCAUAUUCCCAUUCUCGCGACAAGCGGAUUGGAUUACGAUGUUAAGAUAUGGGUGCCUAAGUCCGCGCAACCUCCUCAAAUGAGUUCCUUCGCCCAUUGUGUCAAGUCCAAUGCGAGGAACAGGAAGCAAGAAAACGUGCCUGAUUCAUUCGACGGCCAAUUACUUUGGAUUUUACUGCGACAUAUCCGUCAUCGAGAAAGAGUACGUAAUCUUUACACGCGUUACGGACUCGAGGAUCCGAAUCGGGAAGAGGAGAACGACGAUGACUAUCACUUCGACAACUCCUCGAUGGACAGCUCGUCCGAGGACAGCGAUCAGUCGGAAGGCCGAGACGUUGCAAGAAUACAGUGCCCUCCGUCUUAAAAGUUGUUGCUUAAUUAAACGCGAUAUUUGAUAUUAUUGCGAUGGGAGUUAUAUAUUUAUAUAUAUAUAUAU